ACAAGUAGCAGCUUGAGCAGCAGAGGCAAGGACAGUAAUGAGGGCAAGAGAGGAAGAAAGAGAAGGAAUGUAAACCAUUGUAAUGAUUGUAAAGAGAUUAAUGACAUUGAAAUCCAUCAAUUUUUCUUGUAUUUAUAUAUUUUUUCGUUCCUGGUAAAAACAUUUAGAGUGAAUAUUACAUGCAUUGAUGGUUUCACUCGACAUAAAUUUUAACUGAACGGUAUAUCCUGUCCAAUCACAAGUCAAGAAUAAUACCAUCUUUCCCAGAUUUGGUUCCUAGCCGUUAGAAGAAAAAAGAUUGUACAAGUGAUUAAAUCAUGUUCCAGGUAAAUUGGGCAUAUGCAUGCAUAUAAACUUUGAAAUCAAAUUGAUUUGAAUAAAGUUAAAAAAUAUUACCACUUUAGAUUUUUGAGUAUAGAGCUUGAAGAAGCCAUGAAAAAAAACUUAAGCUGUUGAAUGGCCGGUUUGUUUUUUCUAUUUGCAUCAGCUCCUUUGCCAUUUUUGGAGCUUCUAAGCCAAGUUAUAACUCGAAUAGUCAUCUAUCUGUCUUAUGCUGCAAUUAUCAAAACUUCAAGUCAAACAUUGGCGUUUUCUUAUUGGAUUACUUGGUUUCUCGGGAAAGUUAUUCGUAGCCGUGAUACAUGUACAAAAACCAAGUUCUAUAAGAAGCAGCUAUUAUGCCAAGAAAAUGACAAUCAUCUCUCUUUUAGAUAUGCAAUUGAGGUUUUGAUUAAAGCAUUGUAUCAAAUAGAACCGGGCAAUUUCAUCUGCGAAGGAUUAUUGUUUGAUUAUAGGUACCUAUUUGCUCUAAAUUCCAUAUGUAAAGAGUCAUAACCAAAAGCCCAGUAAUUUAGAAGGGAACCUUUAAGCCGAGGUUUGACAAGAAACCAUUUGGUUGCGUUUGUAAGAGUAAAUACGCAGUAUUUGACGCAUUUUUCUUUUUGAAUUUUAGAUACAAAACAAAAUGAAUAAAUCUCAUAUUAGCGC